CUUUGGGUGAUCAUUUGUAACUUGGAAAUAUAAUGUAGAAGGGAGUGCUGAUUGAAUUAUGCCAACGUCAUGGAUUGCAUUGGACAGUGGAAACGAUGGAUCCGUCCUGGUUUUAUAGCUCUGUAUUUCAUUUUAGCAAUAAUAGCUCUCCCAUUGUGUAUUAUUGAAUUGCACAGCGAAGGCGAGCCAACCCACGUUCAAGCAUGGUUUGCUGGUGGAAUAUUCGUGAUGUGCGCGGUACCCAUCUCACUAUGGGGUAUUCUUCAACAUCUUGUCAACUACACACAGCCACAUCUUCAACGACACAUAAUAAGAAUUCUUUGGAUGGUGCCAAUUUAUGCUUUGAAUGCUUGGUUUGCACUACGUUUUCCCAGUGCAGCUAUCUACUUGGAUACUGUGAGAGAGUGUUAUGAAGCUUAUGUUAUCUACAACUUCAUGGCUUACCUACUGAACUACUUAUGGGAGGAACAUCCCCAGCUUGACCUUGUCCUCAGGAACAAGGAACAAGUGCGCCACCUAUUUCCUAUCUGCUGGGUCACACCUUGGCCCAUGACAGGAAAAUUUAUAGAUCGUUGUAAACAUGGAGCUUUGCAGUACACUGUUAUCCGCCCUGUCACAACAAUAAUAGCAUUAAUAUGUGAAAGUUUUGGUAAAUAUGAUGAAGGAGAUUUUAACUUUAAAACAGCGUGGUCCUAUCUGGUCAUAGUAAAUAAUAUAUCUCAAAUUUGGGCAAUGUACUGUCUUGUUUUGUUCUACAAAGCCAUGAAGGAAGAAUUGGCUCCAAUUAAACCAGUCCCAAAGUUCCUUUGUGUGAAAUUUGUGGUCUUCUUUUCAUUCUGGCAGUCUGUAAUCAUUGCUGUUCUUGUGGAAGUGGAUGCCAUCCCGUCUGGUGGAGAUUGGGUAUUCUAUGAUAAUAUCAAUCAAGUUGCUGCAGGACUACAGGAUUUCUGUAUCUGUGUAGAGAUGUUUUUGGCUGCCAUUGCCCACUACUACUCCUUCUCACAUAAACCAUUCAUGGAUUCCAACUUUGAGGGACAGGGAUGGUGGCAGUCCUUCAGGUCUAUGUGGGAUGUCUCUGACAUGAGGGAUGAUGUUGUAGAGCAUGUCAGAGUCAUAGGUCACAAAGUGAAAAAGACUGUGAGUAAACCCUUACUUCGUGAUAGAAGUGAGCGAACUCCACUCCUUACAGAAUCUAAAAAUAGCUACACACAAGACAGUACAUCUUCUUUAACCAAUGAUCCCUCUGACUGGGACACAGCAUCACUAGAGACAACAUCUAGUCUACGGCCUGCCUUUAACCCAACAGACAGCAUGAACAACUAUGUGGUGUUUGGUUCGAGUUCUGACCAACAGGAGGCAGCACCAAAGCCUGGAGAUCAGAAUGGCCAAGAGGUGAUUAAAAGUCGUAAUGUUGAAGUUCAUAGGUCAUCUAAUUAUACCGCUGAGACAAGUGAUAAGGCUGCUGAGAAGGAAGACACAGACAAUACUGAUUUAAUGUUGGUGGAAGACAAUCAGAAAACAGUCGCUAAUGCAAUGGAACCACAGGAUGCACAGACGGACAUGUACACAGACCACUCACAGGACACACAGACAGACAUUACUACUGACCAGUCACAGGAUGCACAGACGGACAUGUACACAGACCACUCACAGGACACACAGACAGACAUUACUACUGACCAGUCACAGGAUGUACAGACAGGCAUGUCCACAGACCACUCACAGGACACACAGAUAGACAUAACCACAGGCCAAUCACAGGAUGUACAGACAGGCACAGACCACUCACAGGACACACAGAUAGACAUAACCACAGGCCAAUCACAGACCUUACAGACAGACAUGUCAAGCAACCAAUCAGAAAAUAUCGUUUCACACACAAGCAUAUCAGCAGAUCAGACAAGACAACAGUCUCAUAAUGUACCUAGUAACCAACAAGAUGAUAACAGUAGUCCCCUCACUGUUAAUGCAUAAUAACAUAUUUCAAUGAUGAUCAAAAGAGAUUCCAUUCCUUUGUACUGAUAUGCUGAUUAAUGGAAUCUUGACCUCUAUUUUAUACAUCAAUGUCAUGUCUUUAGUUUACAUCAGGGACCAACAACACAGGUUCCCAUUGUUGUUUAGAACCAUGGUGCUGAGUAGUUGUGCUGAUGAGAAUGCUGAAAUAUUACUAUUUCUACUCGAGGUCAAUGCACCUUUCAGGGGCAAAGCUUUCUUUGUUGUUAUUGAAGUUUCAUUUAUUUUAUUAAAUCACUAAUAAAAUUUUUAUCAAAACAGCUUUAAUUUCUCAUUUAUCCUCACAUAAAUCUGUAAUAGUAACAUUUGUACAAUUUCUCUGGACUUCAAGAUAGUUACUCCUCUUUUUUUUAUCUGGAUUCCGAUUUUGAUGUCAAGGAAUUGGAGCGAUAGGAAUUUCUGAUGAAUGUUUUUAAACUCUUGUGUUGAACCCACCAAUGAGAUAAUGUCAGUGAUAUCCACCCUAGAUACUAAUAUUAAUUAAUGUUUGUUGGCCAUUGUGUUGUAAAAAUUAUUGUUGUAACGAUAUUGUAGGUCUCCGUUUUAAAAGAUAUGUCAUUUUCAUUGUUUUUGUGUAUUAGAGUAUGUCAAAAAUAAGAAUGAAAAGUAAUUUUAGAGCUAGUAUGUGUGUUAUUGUUUGUAAGCAAGUGUGACUAAAAUACAGAUAUAGAGUCCACAGGACUAUGAGCUGAGUGAUGAUGUAAAGAAGCAGUGCUGUGUUGUAAGAUUUGUUUUUUAUGAUAACUGAUGUUGGCUUUAUCUGUGAUUAUUAUAGUUUAUUUUUGAUGAGAUUUACAAAAUGUGUUUUAAAUUACAAAAGAAAAGAUAAAAAUUAUGGAUGAUUUAAAAAUUUAUCAAAGAUGAUAUUUCUGUCUCUGAUCUUUAUCACACAUUUGCAGAUAUAUACUCAGUGAUUGGGGACAUUGAGUUGUGUAGAAGAUAUCCAUGAUGUAUCAGUCAUUAAGUCAGUGGGGUAUGUAAACAAAAAUUGUCGGUAAUAUCUGGAGAUGUACUAUAGAAGAAUGCGUUUGUGUCAUAUCUAGGCAUUCUUAUUUAAUGAUUGUACCAUUCCAGUAGCUGUCUUCUUUCUUAAUACUUUUGUAUGCUUUUUUUUAUAUGUCAAAUUUAUGGGAAAGAGAAAAUGCUUUAUUUACAUGUAUGUUUUUUUUUUAACUGAGCCAAGUGAUCGAUAGUGAUAUCACGGUGUAUGUCACCCGUCGUCUGUGAACUGAGUAGCUUUUAAUCAAAUUUGGUCUGAAGCAUCUUUAGGGAAAGAUGAUUUUUUUGUGAAAUUUUGUGUAAAUGGAAAUGGUUGAAUGGUUUGCCCCCCACCCUGCAGCCUUAGGGAUGGGGUCAAAUAGAGAAAUAGGGAAAAAUCAAUCAAUUUCUUUAACUUAAAAAUUGAUCUUUAUCUUGUAUUUCAGAAAUUACAGGAUAUUGCCCAAAUUUGGUCUGAAGCAUGUUGGAUGAAAGGAAAUCAGUUUUGUACAAAUGAUUGGUCUAGACCCUUGGAGCCAAAGGGGCGGGGCCCAAUAGGGAAAAAUAUAUCAAUUUUUGUAAAAUCUAUCUUGUUCUUCAGGAAUUGCAGGACUUUGUCCGUAAUUGGUCUGAAGCAAGCUGGGGGGAAAGGAAAUCAAAUUUGGGGCCAGAGAGAUGGGGUCCAAUGGGGAAGAUCUAUCAGUUUCUUUAAAUUCUAUCAUGUUCUUAUUUGGUCUGAAGCAUACUUGGUUGAAGGGAAAUCAGUUUUGUAUAAACCUAUGGUCUCGUCUCCCUGUGGCCAGAGGGGUGGGGCCCAAUAGAGAAAAUCUAUUAGUAGAUUUAGUUAAUUGCUUUGCACCUUCAACAGUUUAUUGGCAUUGCUGAGCAUCAUAACUGGUAAUUUGUCCUGGGGUCUGGUCCCACCGCAGGACAGAUUAUAUCUUUGAAGCCAUUGAGAUUACCAUCCCAUAACUUAAUAUCAUUGCUGGACAUGAAGAGAUUAACAUCUGAUAUCUGUCCCAACCCCUAAGGAAUUUGAAGCUGUAUCUGUAGGGUGAGGCUCAUCAGUGGAAAUAUUUUCCUUCUAAAGAAAUGUAAUGUGUUAUAUUACUGACUUAAAUAUUCAGGUGAGUGAUACAGGCCCUCUGGGCCUCUUGUUUACAUAUCAUUUAUAAUGAAGUAUUAUAUUUCCCAUUAUGUUGUGAUCUCAGAUAAUAUGUUAGUUAAGACAUCCUCAUUGAUUUGAUUAUUUGAUUUAAAUAACCACAACCACUUAUUAUAACAAUAUAAUUACAUUAUUUGUAUCCACGGAGACCUACUGCUACUGUGUAAUGUUGUGAUUAAAUUAAGGACUGAUAAAGUAUGAAAGAUUUUUAUUGUGAAAUCCAGUAAAUCUGGAUAUUGGCCCUUAACUGGACCUUAACAGUGGCGAUCUUGUCAGCUUUCUACUGGACCUUAACAGUGGCGAUCUUGUCAGCUUUCUACUGGACCUUAACAGUCAUAAUGAAGUGGUUGACCUGAUAAAUUGAUACAUUUGUUUUUGUUUUGGAAAUUUUCGAAGAGAAUCCAUCUUCACUUAUUGCAGUAUUGUUUAUGUGAUAACAACAGUCAGGAAUGAUAUCAUUCAUUAUAUUCAAAUUACUCGAACUCGAGAGUAAUUGUCAUGUGAUAAUAUGUCUGGACUGAGAGCAGUUGUUGUGUGAUAAUAUGUCCUGGCUGAGAGCAAUUGUUGUAGAAGAUAUGUCUGGACUGAGAGCUAUAUGUCUGAACUCUGUGCAACUGUCAUAUGAUAACUUGAUAAUUAUGAGAGCAGUUGUACAGUGAAUCUUCUUAUUUAGAAUAAACAUUUUCAAUUGUA